AUGAAGGAAGAUGAUUUAGUGUAUCCGCAGGUAACUUGUACGCCACCCCGCCACACAGCUGUAGCAAAAAGAACAAACGACUCUCGUGAACCAACAUUAGUUCUGUUGGGUCCAUUCACUCCGAAAGCUACGGUAGUGUUCGACGGUAUUCCUGUAGGAAAAAGCGCUCGCCGCUUCCUUAUCGUACGAAACGCAAACAAAACGCUUGUAAAGGUAAAACUAUCAAGACUUCCGCAUUCCGAAAGCGGGCUGAGUUUUGAGUGGACGGAAGCCGAUGUGGAGGCAGGUGCUGAGCAAACGCUGGAAAUUGUUUGGAAUCCGGAACAGCUAAUUGUGGGCAAAGAAGUGAUCGUGCUGGUUGAUAGCAUUGGCAACAGAAAAGACGUGCACGUUAUACUAAAAGCGGUCGAGCUAAAAUCGGUUAGCCGAAAAUCAGUUACAAAAUCGUUUGUCGUUCCGAAGAAAUUGAAGCUGAAAUCUCCCUCUCCACCAAAGGUGAAACUGAAGCGUAACAUUCUACCGAAGAAGAACAAAUCUUCACCCGGCAAACAAGGUUGGUCUGUACCUACGAUUGCGGUAACCAGCAGUAUGGGUGGUAUCGCAUCGAAAGUAACGACGACCAUGGCUGGGACGGGUAAUGUGGAAAACAAUUUCGAUCUGUUGGACGACUACAGUACAAACGCCCGUACAACUGUGGACCGUAACAAGACUGACAAGGAAAACAUAAAUCCAACCAGUCCACAGAACGUAAAACAUCGAUUGACACCAGUAUCUUCUGCAGCGGGUAGCUAUUUCACGCACCUAGAGAAUCUACCGACUCCAGAAUGUUACAAAGAGAUAGCACGCCGGGGAUUGAUCGAUAUUUCCGGACGAAAGAAUCGGGAAAUGUCUUCCGAUCGUAAAGCAAAAUUUGAUCCCAGUUGCUUUUCCACCGUUACUAAGGCUACCUCCGCAGAUAAAACGUUUCUGAAACCUUUUAUAGAGAGUCCCACGAUGGUGGGCAGUACUACUGACGUUGAUCAACACGUGCACGAUAAUGUUCCACGACAUCUAACCUUUUCACCAGAACCCCAACCUCCUCCACCAGAUGCUAAUAAGGAUCAAGAAAAAGAACGAAAAAAUGAUGUAGCAGCGCUGGUUCCACUUCUUGACGGAGGUGUAGUAAUCCCAACUGAAGGAAAUGUGGUUAGCAUUAACAAAACGCACACGUUGACUAACGAUUCAAACCCUCAUCUAUCGAGCAUAGCGGAGGAAAAUAUGCCAGAACUUGGUGUCACAUUUGAACGUCGCCCGGACCAUCGUAACGGAUCUGUAACAGACGUAGCGGAAUUAUUGUCUACGCUACCCAACCAGAAGACGUUUAUCGUAUCUACAGCAGAAGAAUGCUUACGUUUUGGCUCGGCUGAAAAUAUCACCAACAGUGUAUCGACAAUGGCCAAGAAUGAUGCUUCACGCUGCUCGCUGCCAAAUCUAUUGGAUAAGAGCAGUUUGAGCAACAACAAAAGCACUAGUCUGGCGGAGGACGAGCCGGAUAAGAUUUUUAAGGAGCAUGAGAUUCGUGCUCAGUCGAGUCGUUUUAAUUUGCACGAAGUUGGCCGGUUCAGUGACGAGAUGGUUCUAAUGAGUGGUUGCAAACGGGGCAUUGCAUCGGUUGGCGAUGAACGGGAGGAAAAGUCCAAAGUAUUUGGACAUGAAAUUUCUCCACCCAAACGACGGUGUCGUCUCACAAGCAGCGAAAGCACUAUUGCGCCAGUACAGCAGGCGCGGAAAAUGAAAGAAACGCCCAAAAGUCAUACUUUCCGUAAACCUAUCGGAUACAAACUGAACUCAUCACGAAGUCUCUGUCUUAAAAGACCAGCCGUACCUGCCCCGUUGGCGAUUAAAAGUGCGGAGAAACGUGUGUUCCUGUACGACUCGGAUCGUCAUUUGAAAACGCUCAUCAAUCCGGACCCGUUUGCGGCCACAACGACAUGCAAUCCUUUCCUUACCGCCACCAUGUAUCUGGACGAACAAGCGUUUGCGCAGUACGAGCGGCAGAUGAAAAAGUGGCUCAACGCACUGGUAACGAUACCGGCCGAUUUGGACACGGAGCCCAACAAACCGCUGGACGUGGGCAAGCUGUUUGACGAAGUGAAAUCAAAAGAUCUUACGCUUGCCCCCACCAAGGAGCUGAUAUCGUCCAACUAUUACAAAAACCGACUAAACAGUUUACGUAGUGCCGGAAUAGCACUCUACACGAGUGAGGAUUUCGCGCUUCCGUUACGCAAGGUUGCAGCACAGAUCGAGAAACAACUACUCGCGCUACGUACCGAUCGAUGCCUGCACCUGGACCUAACACUGCAGCGCUCGGUUCUAGAACUACUGUUGUGCUUCAAUCCGUUAUGGUUGCGGCUCGGGUUGGAGGUGGUUUUCGGUGAGCAAAUCGAGCUCCAAUCCAACCGAGACAUUGUCGGUCUGAGCACGUUCAUCAUACAUCGCUUAUUUCGCGACCGUUAUCUGGAGGCGCGUCACUCGAAGGCCUACAAUCUUUCGAAGGCGUACGGUGAACAUAUACGGAAGUUUACUCUGCGAAUGGUUCUAUUUUUACUGUUCUUCCUGGACACGGCGAAACGGCGCAAACUGAUCAAGCACAAUCCUUGCCUGUUUGUGCGCAAUGCACCGUACAAAGAGACAAAGGAGAUUUUGGUACGAUUUUCCUCCAUGUUGGUGGCUGGAAUUGGUGACAUUACGAAGCAUCUGAAGCGUGUAGGUUACACACUGUCGCACAAGCAAUCGUUCCUGGAUGAGUACAAAUACGCGUUUGAGAAUCUGGCCGUAGAUCUUCGGGAUGGCGUGCGAUUGACACGCGUGAUGGAGAUCAUCCUGCUACGGGAGGAUUUAUCUGCCAGCUUGCGUGUACCACCAAUAUCACGACUACAAAAAAUACACAACAUAAAUCUAGCGCUCGGAGCACUCGAACAGGCGGAGUAUGAGAUUGCGGGCAACAUAACCGCCAAGGACAUAUGUGACGGACACCGCGAACAGACGAUGUCACUACUGUGGCAGAUCGUGUACAAGUUCCGGGCACCGAAAUUCAAUGCUGCGGCGACGGUCCUGCAGCGCUGGUGGCGAAUGAACUGGCUGAAGGUAGCCAUUACACGUCGCGUCGAAGAAAAGCGACAGAUGAGAAGGGAAGUAGCGGCCCGCAAGAUUCAAACAGCGGUCCGUGGAUAUUGUGUGCGCGUGUGGUACGAAGCCUAUCGCCAACAGAAGUUGCGAGCGAUUAUAACGAUCCAGCAGUUUAUCCGACGCUAUCUGGCUCAGAAACUGGCCGCCAGACGGUUUGCUGCUAUCGUACGCAUUCAGCAGUGGUGGCGAUCGGUGCGAGCGAUGCGAUCCGCUCGCGAACGUUAUUUGUUGUGCAAGAAAUCGGCUAUCGUUUUGCAGACAUCAUAUCGACGGUUUGCACUCGGCAGGAAGCUUCUUGCGGCGGCAACCGUGAUCGGUAGGAUUCGUGCCGAGGCAAAGCAUCGCCAUCUGCAAGCGACUAUAAUCCAACGGAGUAUAAAAUCGUACGUAAUCCACCGCCGGCUGCACGCGAUCGUCAACGGUAUGUUGGUGUUUCUUAGAAGGAAAUGGUUACAGCAUCGGUCGGCAGCAAAGAUACAGGCAUUCCAGCGUAUGUGUGUUGCGCGCAAGGAGUAUCUACGGGUCCGCUCAGCAACUAUCCUUAUUCAGCGUCGGUGGCGUGAAUGUUUGGAAGCACGGCGGUUACGGAACCGAUUCUUCUUAAUGCGUUAUAGUGCGAUGAAACUUCAGCAACAUUAUCGUGGCCGGAUACAGAUGCGAAACGAUGUACGAUCGUAUGAACAUACACGGCGACUGAUCAUGCACGUGCAGCACCGUUGGCGUGCUACUAUAGCGAUGCGAAAGGAACGUACGCUCUACACCAGCAUCCGUCGGGCUGCAAUCAAUGUACAGCGACAUUUCCGAGCACGAAAAGCGAUGAAGCAGGAGGUAGAACGUUACCAAAAGCUACGAACUACAGCAGUAACGCUUCAAAGACGCUAUCGUGCCAGAAAUGCCAUGCUAGAACAACGUCAACGCUAUAACGCAUUGCGAGAGGCCACUCUUUGCAUUCAGAGGCGAUUCAGAGCGCAAACGAGUAUGUAUGCGGCUCGCAUAAGUUACUCUAAAGUUCGUGCUGCGAUCGUCACUAUUCAGCAACAUUAUCGUGCUACACUUCAGAUGCGACAAGAAAGGGACAAUUUUGUAACGCUUCGGCGAUGCAGCAUCAUGGUGCAGUCACGAUAUCGUGCAAUCAUGGCCGGUAGAGCUGCAAGGCACAGGUAUGAAUUGUGGCGCAGUACGGCCAUACACAUUCAGCUCAAAUGGCGUGCAACGUUGGAAAUGCGUCGAGAACGUAAUCAGUACUGUGAGCAACGUAAUGCUAUUAUCAUUCUGCAACGGUCCUGGAGAAGUAUCCGGCUCAAACGGAAAAUACGAUACGAUUAUUUACGAUAUCGCGGUGCGGCCACGGUUCUGCAACGACGAUAUCGUGCCCUGGUAAGCGGACGAUUGGUCCGUCAAGAAUUGGAGCAUCGUCGUCUAGCAGCCAUUACUAUUCAGCAACGUUUACGUGAGCUGCUGGAAAUGAAACGACAGCGACAUCAAUACCUUCGUUUUCGCCAGGCAGCAAUUACGAUACAGUGUUGUUUCCGGGGUAUGGUACAACGUAUCCGAUAUGCGGCCAUUAAACAAAGUGCCAUUGUCCUCUCCCACAGAUGGGCGGCAACGUUAGCAAUGAGACAGGAACGAUCCGACUUUUUAAAGCUUAAAUCCGCCACCAUCCGUAUACAGCGACAAUAUCGUGCACAAAAAGCAAUGCAAGAAGCGUUCCAUCACUAUGAACACAUCCGUGCAGCGGUCGUUCUGAUACAGCGCAAAUAUCGCGCCCAACGUGCAAUGGAAAGAUGGCGCGGCCGGUUUUUGAAUCUGAAAAGUGCCUCAAUAGUGGUGCAGGAGUACUAUCGUGGGUACAGGAAGGUGAAACACGAACGGGGAUCCUUUUUGCGGCUUCGAGAGUCGGUCAUAUCGGUACAGCGAAGGUUCCGUGGGAAGCUGCUAAUGCGUCAAGCUGUUGCCGAUUAUGAACGCAAGCGGAAGGCAGUGCUCACCGUACAGCGCUGGUUCCGUGGUUACCGAGCACGCAAAACGUACCAGCGAACAUUACACGCUGCCGGGGUUAUUCAAAAUUACUAUCGUGCUUACCGGAAGCGACUGAUCGAUGAGACGAACUAUCGACUUUACCGUAGCGCCGUAAUCGUUGUCCAAAGACGGUACCGCGACAAGAUGGGAACCCGUCAGGAACGGCAACGCUUCGAGCAGAUUUGUCGCACCGUAUACGGUUUGCAGGUCCGUGCACGUGGUCUGCUUGCUCGGCGAGCGUUCCGAGCAAAGUUGACACCGGAGUACUUGGAGCAGAAGCGGCAAGAGAAGGCAGCACUUCGAGUACAGGCAUGGUGGCGUGGUACGUACUGUCGGAAGCGUUACCAGACGACGAAGAUGCGCACCAUCGCACAGCAGAUGGUAGUUAGUCGCCGGGAAGCGCAACGUGAUCCGACGAACCGGCUUAGCAACAUAACUCGGCUGUGCAUGCGUUUCCUGAAAACGCGCUUCAGUUCCUCCGAAGCGAUUGGCAUACUGCAACGAUUGGAACGCAUGUCUCGUCUAGUGCCGCAUCUGCUUGUGGAAGAUGCAGUAUUUCUAUCCGUGUUUUGCUACAACACCAUGGCGCAAGCUAUUCGGUCGGAGGUGGAUAAGAUAUUGAUCGAGAUAUGUGCCCGUAUCAUAUUGAACUUGGCACGGUUCCAGGGCACCAAGGAACAGGCAUUUCAGGAGAACGGCCUCGUUACGGUGUCACAGAUGUUGCUGCGCUGGUGUGAUAAAGAUUGUGGUAUAUUCAGCACCCUUUGCACACUGCUGUGGGUAUUGUCCCACGAUAACAAGAAGAAAAAUGCUAUACGUCGUUACAUGAUUUCGAAGGACGCCAUCUAUAUGUUGCGCGAAACAAAAAAGUUGGUACAGCGUAAGGAAAAGAUGCGCAAAAACGUGCAGCGCCCGGUGGGUUGUCUAGUCGCGCCGAAUCCGCAGCUGAUGCGCACAGUUCCCGCACUGGAGCCUGAUUAUGGGGUUAACCGCAGCAAACCGUACGUUUUCUACUCAUCUGUUUUUGGGUUCGAACGGGUGUUGCAAAAGCUGGAAGUGGAUCUUUCCUAAACAAUCAUAUUUUUUUCUUCUCAUUUUAAAACACAAUGCGGUCUGGGAUAAAUUAUUCAU